UCAGCAUCAGCAUCAUUCGCCCUGAAGACUAGCGCCGUGCUGCUGUCAGCACCACAGUUCCGAGAUCUGCUUGUAUAUCAGUGUCUUAAAGUGCAUAUUCUUCUUCUUAAAUUCUUGAACAGCUCGUUUAAAGAUGUUGGCGUGCACUGAAAUGAUCACGAUGUGUCUCCAGUCUGCAAAGCGCGAGCAUCUCCGCUCCAAACAGCAGCAGCAGCAGCAUCAGAUGCAGGAUGCGGUUCACGGACUGCCCAUCUUUCACGAUAUUUUCCGUCGAGCUGACAAAAACGAUGACGGGAAGCUGUCCUUCGAGGAGUUUAAAGCGUAUUUUGCAGAUGGGAUACUGACGACCGACGAGCUGCGAGAGCUGUUCUACUCCAUCGAUGGACGGCAGACGAAUAACCUCGAUACAGACAAACUAUCAGAUUAUUUCUCCCAGCAUCUUGGGGAAUACCUGGAUGUUCUGUCAGCAUUAGAGAAACUCAACGUCGCUGUCCUGAAGGCCAUGGACAAGACAAAGGAGGAGUACCAGGGUUCGUCUGUUCUGGGGCAGUUUGUGACCCGCUUCAUGUUGAGGGAGACGUCCAGUCAGCUGCUGUCGCUCCAGAUGUCUCUGCAGUGUGCAAUGGAGGCCGUGGAGGCUCAGAGCAGCACCUCUCCGGUUGAAGUUAAGAUCCCGGAGAAUCUGAUAAUACAGAAGAACAACAGAAGAUGUGGCCGUCGAGUGCAGAAGAACAUGUGUCUGUCCCCCACUGAUCCGUACUCGGGGAUUCUCACUACUGGUGUUUCAGUGGAUACAGAUGAACACUGGUGCUCUCAGAUCAACAGACUGCAGCAGCUCAUCGACAAACUGGAGUGUCAGAGUCCAAAGUUGGAGCCACUGAAAGAAGAUACACUUGCCAGUACAUACAAGUCGAACAUUCUGCUGGUGCAGAGACAGAUGAGCGUGACAGAGAGAGAUCUCGAGGAGUUCCAGAAGGCUCUGAAGACCUACGCAGACACCACCUCCAAUCAGAACGACAGCCUCCAUGUUUCCAUCCAGAAGCUUCCAGAGAAGAGCUGCUACAUCAUCUAUGAGUUCUGGCAGGACCGUAUCUCCUGGAUGAGUUAUUUGCAGUCUGACGCCAGUAAGAUGUUCCAGCGCUGCAUCAUAGACAUGCUGGAGGAUCCAGAGAUCGUCUCCACCAUGCUCAUGCCAGCGUCCUGGUGGAUCAUGACAAACAACUAACAGCAGCAAGAAACAAAAUUAAUAAGUAAACCUAAAAAAAAAAGAUUGAAUCAUCGUGUUGCAUUUUAUAAAGUAAUGUCUGAUUUCCGAUAGCUCACUGAAAACAAAACUCAUUACACAGGGUUGUGCAUCAUUCAGAACUGAAUUCAGAUGCUUUUUCAUUUCCAGUUCAGUUUUUCUGAAUUUGCAUCGACUUAGAUGCAGCAGAAGUGUUUUAAAUAAUUUAUUUCAUUAUUAUUUAAUUCUUGAGUUGAUUACAUUUUGAACUUUUGAAAGGAAUCCAGAAACGUUUGUCAAGGUAUAAUCAUUUAUUUUGUUAUUUUAUUAUUGAGUCAUUUUUAAUUGUAUUAAAAUAAAAUGUAUUUUAUUAAAAUUAAAUUAAUUCACUACUUUUCCUUUUCUGGGCUAUAGUGGAUGCACACUUAAUUUCACAGGAAUUAUAAUAUCUGAAGAUUAAUUUUUGAUGCUAAUGUUUAUUUUUAAAGUAUUAUUUUUAAUUUGUCUGAUGGACAAUUUUGUGAUAAAUCUUUUAAUUGUUUUGAAAAUUGUAACUCAGUUUAGCAAAAUAUGUCUGAUCAGUUAAAAGAAAAAAUAAAUGUAAAUAGACAUAAUUAGCCAAAAAUAUUAUUGUAAAUAUUUAUGUUUUAGAGCUUAUGUUGUUUCAAGAUAAAUUCUUCUGUCUUCAGUUUCUUGGGAGUUGAAGUGCAGUAGAUUCUCAUUUCAGCAUUCGGUUCAGUUCAGAUUCACACUCAUGAAGGGAAAGGAUCUGAAUCUUCAGCUCUAAAUCCUGCUCAACUCGAUGCUAACAGGCAUGGGUCUAAUAUCCUCGCAUGUACAGAAAACCAAAGUGUAUUUUGCUCCUUCCCGUUACGAAGCUUUUAAAGCCAGUAGCUUUGAUGCAGAUACAGCGAAUCUCAGAGAAAAACACCAUGAAGAAAAACAAGAAUUCAUGUCUUCUUGUAAAUUAUUAAGAUAACAUUAACAAAAUGAUCUGCUACUUGAGUCUAACACCUUUAAAGUCUUUUAAUUCUCUGGAUAGGAGAACGCCGAUAGAAGGAAGAAUGAACUUAUUUCUCAACAGAAGUCGAGUGUGAAUAGAAUAGAAAUUUAAUGAAGAUGUACAGCUUUGUUAUUUCUCUGUAAACCUUCCUGAAGGUGUUUAAAGGACUAGUUCACCCAAACUAAUCGCCAUCAUUUACUCACAAUCAUGUUGUUUCAAACCUGUACACUAAACACAUUUAGCUACUCAGAUUUUUUUAUUUAUAUUUAUUUAAAAUACAACUGCAAAAAAUAUAUUUGCUAAAAUAUAAUAUAUUUUCUGACCAAAUAUUCUUUGAUAAUUAAUUUAAUAUUUAUAUAU